AUGCGAAGGCACUGCUGGCUUCUGAUUGGUCAAGCAGCCCACACAUCUUGGAGUCGAGCCGCCGUGCGUGAUUCAGCCCUUUGUGUUGUGUUCGCUGAAGCCGAACUCGUGUGUUUAAUCAUCCGGGUGUCUGAGCUCAGCCAGCUGUUGCGCGCACAUAGUGACGACACGUGGAAUUGGCGAAGCAUCGGAGACACCGAACACCGUGAGGAGGUCAUAGGUGGCGCUCAGUGGAAAUCAGAAAAACACCGGCGUAAUUUCGUGGCUAUUGAUAGUGGGAAAUGA